CCUCCCCCUAUCCUGAUCUCAUCUUCUCCUAUUCCCCGCCCCAUCCCAUCCCACCAAGGACCUCCCUCCCCCUCCCCACCCUCUCUCUCUCUCUCUCCCUCCUGGCAGGGCGCCUUCCUGGUGACGCAGGCCGUGGCCAAGGCGCUGGUGGAGAGCGGGCUCAGCGGGGGCUCCAUCGUCCACCUGGGCAGCGUGGUGGGGAAGGUGGGGAAUCUGGGCCAGGUGAACUACGCAGCUUCCAAGGCAGGGGUGGAGGCCCUGGCUAAGACGGCGGCCAAGGAGCUGGCCAGGUACGGCAUCCGCUGCAACACCGUUGUGCCCGGGUUCAUCCGCACCCCCAUGACGGACAAGGUCCCCCCCAAAGUCCUGGAUAAGUUCGCUGCGAUGGUGCCGAUGGGACGCCUGGGGGAGCCCGAAGAUGUGGCCGACGUCUGUGCCUUCCUCGCUUCGGACGAGAGCCGAUAUAUCACGGGAGCCAGCCUGGAAGUGACAGGGGGCCUUUUCAUCUGAGCCUCUGCUGCCCCCUGCUGGGGGAGAGACCUUCGCGAACAUACACUUCCAGGAAGGACUCUCGGCCCUCUUUUCGGUAGACACUGCACUCCAUGGACAGACCUGGUGCUCCGCUGAUGCCUGUCGCUGCCCCGGGGGGCGUGAAGGAUGGGCCCUGGACUUUUACGGAAGGGAGGGGGGGCUCUUCCUGACAAGGCUCACCUGCCUACCCCCCACCCCUCCCUGCCGAGGGGUGCAAUUGCUGUUUCAGGCUGCUGGUGGCGAGGAGUUUUAUAUUCACCUGUGGAUUGAUCGAGCAAUCAGUGGAAUUUAAAUAAAGGUGUUUUUUUUCCACUCUG